CUCUCUGUCUCUGUGUCGUGUCAUCAUGAGCUGAACAGACAUCUGAACUCCGGGACUGCACAGAAGAGAGACAGAAGACAAGAAGAAAACUUCACUGAGGUGUGGAAAAGAAGAGCAUUUCAACAGCUUUCACCGCUGUUGAUGCACGGGGCAGCCAUAUUGGAUGUUGAGGUCGGCUUGCUCGGGGUACUGUGAGGUUCCUGGCUUCCAAUGUCAGAAAUGCGACUUCCCAAGUCGGAAAUCCGCCUUCAGGUAUGGGCUCUGGUCAGAGCAGCGACAAAGUCUACUGCAACCGCUACCUGAACGGAAAGGGUCCUCCAUCACUGGAACAACAAGCUAAGGAAGGGCUGAAUGGGAACCCCAGAGUAGUGACUGGCUGCCAGCCACAGGGCCAGAUGACCUGGGUGAUCCUCCACAGAGACCUGCCGGGAUUCCCUGACGACAACACCAUUCAGAUCAACUACAUAUUCCCAGAUGGAAUACAGACAGAGAAACAGCCCCACCCGGGCCACCCUUACGCAGGGCUGCGGCUCUGUGCUUACCUGCCUGACAACCGUGAGGGCAGGAGGGUUCUCAAGCUGCUGGAGAAGGCCUUCAACCAGCAGCUCCUGUUUACUGUCGCCACCAACAAAGAUGGAAAGGACACGGUCACUACAGCUUCCGUCCCCCUAAAAACACAACCAGAUGGAGGGAGCAGAGUUGAUGGCUACCCAGAUUCUGACUACCUGAAGACUGUGAGAAAGCUACUGAGGGAUAAAGGCAUUGAAUAACACACAACACACAGCGCUGGAUGGACAGAAUGACCAGAGAACCUGUGCUGUCCAUGGUUGUUGUUGUCACUGUGUAACCUUGAGUGUAAUCUGUGUAUUAUUACAUUAUUGCAGUUCUUCUCCUUGAAAUUAAUUUAUUAUAACAUGUUUUGUUAAUUGUUUAAAGCAAGUAUUUUACUGUAUCAUUACAAAAAUGAUUUUUUAAAUUACGAAUAUGGAGUCAUAUUAUUGUAUUUAUAGGGCAAUAUAAUAGUAAUGUAUGUAGUAAGUAGUAGUCCAUUUCUAAGUGAAAAAGUGAAUAUUACAUUCAUUUUUAAGUAGUACAGUGAACAAUCUAAACUCCACUUAUGAUGCAGACACAUUUUUUACAAUCCAUUUGUUGUAUAAGAUUUCAUCAUACAUUAUGACAGAUGCCAAGCUUCAUGGAUAGAGUGAAAGUAUAAUGCUCAAUUAAAUGAUUAUUUAAGUAAUACUAAA